AUGGAAUUGAUAAAUAUAAUAAUAAAUUGCAAGACUUUCAUGAUAGAUUUGCAUUCAAAAGGUUCAGAAGGCUCUUUGAUUGAUAUUUACUCUUUUAUGGAAAAAGCAUCCUCGUUAAACUACAAGGAAUCGUUGUUUAAUUUUACCGCCUUAAAUGUGCUGAAAUUUUUAUUUAAUUUAUCGAAAAUACAAAGCAAAGAAAUGGAUAAAGCUAUUAUUGUAAAAAUCUACAAUCAUCAUUUGGAAAAUAAAAGAAUGAGAAAAGAAUAUAAAAAUGUAAUUGUGGAGGGUGAUGGUCCAGUUGGUUUAUAUGCUGCCUUCGAACUCUUUAUGGGGAAUGAAUGCAACUCUUGUAAAUAAUCGUCCUGAAGAUUACACACGAAAUCGAUUUAUCUUUUUUGAUCCAAAAUGGAUGCCAAAAUUACGUUUCUUUUUGGGUUCUGGAUUUGAUAAAUUAUCUUUUGGUAAUAAAAAGAGAAAGAGAACAUUGGGAAGAAUUCCUACUAAAGAAGAUGUGUUAAAAAUAAAAAAUAUGGAAAAUGUUUUGAAGGAACGAGUAAAAAAUUUAUCAAAUUAUAUAAAUGAAAAAGAAGGAAAUCAAAAAGGAAAAUCAUUUUUGAAUUUGAUCUAUAAUACAGCAGUUUUGGACAUAAAUACUGAAGAUGAAAAGCCUUUGGUCAUCCUUG